UCAUGGCAAGUCGAGAACUACCAUCCCCCUCCUUUGCCGGUGAAUGGACUUACGAUGUAUUCCUUAGUUUUAGAGGUGAAGAUACCCGCACCAAUUUUACUGGCCAUCUCUACAAUUCUCUAAAACAAAAGGGUGUUCAAACCUUCAUCGAUGAUGUGGGUCUCCAAAGAGGGGAAGAAAUCACUCCAGCUCUUCUCGAAGCCAUCCGACAAUCGAGGAUUGCCGUCAUCGUUUUCUCCAAAAAUUAUGCAUCCUCUACUUUCUGCCUUGAUGAACUCGUCAACAUACUUCACUGCGUCAGAGGAGAAGGUCGGUUGGUCUGGCCGGUGUUCUACGAUGUUGAUCCAUCAGAUGUCCGACACCAGCGUGGGAGUUACGGACAGGCGUUGGCAAAACACGAUGAUCGAUUCCAAGCCAACAAGGAGAAAGUGAGGAAGUGGAGGGAGGCUUUAUGUGUGGCGGCUAACUUAUCUGGCUGGCAUUUCCAACAUGGAUCUCAACCUGAAUAUGAAUUUAUAAGUGGGAUCAUUGAAGAGGUAUCCAAAAAGAUCAAUCGCGUUCCUUUACAUAUAGCUAAUCACCCUGUUGGACUGGAAUCGUCCGUUCAAGAAGUGAUCUCACUUCUGGAACUUGAGUCUGAUAAGGGGAUUAACAUGGUAGGGAUAUGUGGAAUUGGUGGAGUAGGUAAAACAACAGUUGCACGGGCUGUUUAUAACCUUAUCGGUGAUCAAUUUGAAGGUCUAUGUUUUCUUGCUGAUAUUAGACAGAAGGCUAUUGGCGUGCAUGGACUUGUGCAACUUCAAGAGACGCUACUUUCUCAAGUAGUUGCAGAAAAAAAUCUCAGACUUGGAGAUGUUCAUAGCGGAAUUUCAAUCAUAAAAAGAAGGCUCCGCCGGAAGAAGGUUCUUUUGAUUCUUGAUGAUAUUGAUAAGCUUAAACAGUUGCAGGUACUUGCCGGAGGACGUGAUUGGUUUGGAUCUGGCAGUAGGAUCAUUGUCACGACAAGAGAUAAACAUUUGCUUAGUACUCAUGGGGUAGAAAAAUUAUAUGAGGUGAAGGGGCUAAAUUUCAAUAAAUCCCUUGAAUUGCUGAGCUGGAAUGCCUUUAAGAAUAACAUGGUUGAUCCACAUUACAUGGACGUUUCUAAACGUGCAGUCUCCUAUGCUGGUGGCCUUCCGUUGGCUUUGGAAGUAAUAGGGUCUGACCUAUUUGAUAGAAGUAUAGAAGAAUGGAAUUCUCAGCUAGACAAGUACGCAAGAACCCCUCAUGAAGAUGUCCAUGAAAUCCUGAAAGUAAGCUAUGAUAGUUUGCAAGAGAAUGAGAAGAAAAUUUUCCUUGAUAUUGCUUGUUUCUUUAAUAAAUUAGAACUGACUUACACCAAGGAAAUACUGUGUGCACAUGGCUUACACGGAGACAUUGGAAUUAGAAUCUUACUGGAGAAAUCUCUCAUCAAGAUCGAUAGUUCAAACUGUGUGAGAAUGCACGACUUAAUUCAAGACAUGGGCAGAGAAAUUGUUAGACUGGAAUCAACAUCUGAGCCUGGCAAGCGUAGUAGGUUGUGGCUUGAUGAGGACAUUGUUCAUGUUUUGGAAGAAAACACGGGAAGUGAGAAAAUUGAAGUCAUAAUGAUUCACUCAUGCAAAUAUAAAGAAGUGCAAUGGAGUGGAGUGGCAUUCGAGAAGAUGAAAAACCUGAGAAUCCUUAUUAUUGAAAAUGUACGCUUUUCCAGAGGCCCCGAAUAUCUCCCUAAUACUUUGAGAGUAUUGGACUGGAGUGGAUAUCCGUCAUCAUCUUUACCAUCUGAUUUUAACCCCAGGAAUCUUCUCAUACUCAGCCUACCUGAAUGCUGCCUUCAAUUUUUCAAACCACCAAAGGUGUUUCAUUCUUUAUGUCUCAUGGAUUUUGAAGGUUGUAAAUUCUUAACACGAGUACCUAAGCUAUCUGGACUGCCUAACUUGGGAGCGUUGUGUCUUGAUAAUUGUACAAAUCUGAUUAGUAUUCACGAAUCAAUUGGGUUUCUUGAUAGGCUCAGAUUGUUGAGUGCCCAAGGUUGCACUCAGCUUGAAAUGUUAGCAACUCGCAUCAAUAUGACUUCUCUUGAGACUCUGGAUCUCAGGGGUUGCUCAAGUCUUUGGGAGUUCCCAGAAGUACUGGGACUCAUGGAGAAUACAAGAGACAUUUAUUUGGAUCAGACUGCCAUAAAAGAACUUCCAGUUUCAAUUGGAAACCUUAUUGGAUUGAAACGGCUAUACUUGAGGCGUUGUCCACAGCUUAGACAGCUACCAGGCAGCAUAUUCAUGAUCCCCAAACUCGAGGUGGUGCUGUCUUACAGGAGCAGAGGAUUUCAAUUAUUUAGAGGGUAUGAAAUUCAAGAAAAACAGAGGUCCGAAGCGUCUUUGGCCAAGAUUCUACUCUAUUCUCUACCAGAUUCUAGCAAUCAAAGUAUAAGGUACGCUAAGUUCGAUCGCUGCCUUAAUGGGUACUGUAUAAGCAAAAGCGAAACAAAUUUCGUUCAAAUAUUUCCUCUUCCACAAACUUUGGUUACUUUUGAUCCGCUUUCCAGCACUAGCAUCGGAUGUCCUCCUUUUGGGGACCGCCCUACUACCCUCCCAUUGUUGGAGAACAAAAAGACAACAUUAAGAGCCUGCCGUGCAAGCAGCGAAUCAUCAGUUUCUUUCUGGUUCUGUGAGAAUUUCCCAAAGAUAGCCAUAUGUGUGAUUGGGGCAUCAGGCACAGAAAUAGAGCCCGCAAUCUUGGACAUUAGGCUGAGAGUGUUUGUCAAUGGUUCUGAACAACUUGUUUAUUUGUGUAAUUACAUAAUUUAUGAACAAAAAAUGCCAAAACAUAUGAUUUGGUGUGGCUUGCGAUGCAAACACAAUAGGGUGAUUUCAACACAUAAAUGGAAUCAUGUUCAGGUUUCGUGGGAGUUGAAAUACCACAGGCCAUAUGAUCCUCAUAGGGUAAUUUCAGACGACAAUGGAAUCCCAACAAUGGAAAUAGAUUUGUCUGGAAUUCAUGUCUAUGAGGAAGAAAGCAGCAGCAUUGAAAAUAUGCGGUUCACAAACCCUGAUAUUUCUCUGUCUCAGGUUGAAACGAUGCGAAAUGACCAUAUAAUCUAUUUUCGGGGCACAUCGUUUUACUGGAAUGGCCGGUUGCUCAAACUGAUGGAAGCAGGGAAUUCAGCUCCUUUACUUAGUUUUGAAGAACUUCAGCAGAUAGUUGGUUUUGAAAACUCGAGGCUGCUGUUGAAUGUGGCCGACAAAUUGGAUCGAUUGUGGAGUGGGACAAGACUAAUCUUGCUUCUAAGGGGGGGACAUGGCGGGAUAGAAGUUACACGGGAGAAGAUACAUACGUUGUUGGAUGCCCCCUAUUACCGUGAUGAUAGUAAUGUUCUGAGUACCCCUGUUGAAAUUAUCGUUGAUGCCCCGACUACGGAGCAGAGAGAGGGGAUAUCUCAUCGCCAGUUCAUCAGCGACCAGAAGGAGCGUUGCUAUCGUGUGACCUUUGUUUUUCGUUUUUUCGCCUGUGACCCCUUUGGAUGGUCCCCACGAAAUUCUGAAGUGGCAGCUUUGUCUCGACAACAAUACGUUAUACGACAACAAAUGGAGCUUCUCAGAAUGAUUAACUUUGCAGUCACCGACGAAGUGCAGCCGAAUUCCUACAGUACUCUGGAGUUUCAAACCCGCAAUCUUGUGGGAAUGGCACAACCAGCUUGA